AUGAUGGCUAACGAAUCUGAGACAAUGAUGUCCAUGACUCCCGAGAAGGAGCGUGAAUUGACUUCGAAGAUAUUAGAGAGAGCUGAAAUUGCACAAAUGACUCGUCAAUUGAAAAUCGGCUUAAACAAAGUAUCCACGAAUAAAGCUGUCAAAUCGAAUACAGGAACCAACAAGAUGGGAGUUUUUCUACCAAGAAAAGACACUAAAAAAGAAACAACCAAUGAAGAGAACAUUAACCGUUCAAUAAAGAAAAUGUCCCCUUCAAAGAAUUACAGAUCGGAGGAAAAAUAUGUACUCAAUACCUCGUCAUUGAAUAACUACAACAGACCUGCAACUCCACCUCGAGUACCGCCUUCAUCAUCUGCAUCUAAUAUGAAUGAGAUCGAGAAUGAACAGGGACAGGAACGUAUCGACAAUCAUAAAUUUUCAAAGCCAAAAAUUCCUACAACUCCAAGGGCUGCAAACAAUAAUGCUUUAUAUUCAUCAUCACAACCAAGUAAAAUAUUGACUACUCCAAAGGGAAAGAUUAUCAAUAUCGAUAAUAAGAUUAAAGAUGAAAACAAGAAUAUUGAGGGCAAUCAAAAUGAUAGCGGUGCAGAUCUGUUGAUGUAUUUAGCAACAAGUCCAUAUGUCUCUAGCAAAACACCAUAUGAUAGAAUUCCUACCACACCAUCAAGAAAUCUUGAAUCCGCAGAAAGUUCUUUACACAAGCUUGAUCAUGAUUCGGCGGUCAGGUUCUCUCAUAUAAAACCUUCUAUUUCGUCUCCUCAGUCAACGUUCAAGCAAACUUCAGUGCUUGACAUCUCAGGUAAUCAAGCUUCAGGUGUUUUCACUAACUCUAUGUUGGAUUCUCCAACAGUGUUCAUCACCAACUCUCCAUAUCAAAGAAAAAAGAAGCUAACCAGUAGCAGUCAAAGUAAUAAUAACUUUAAUGUAUUACAGAUUCCAACUACGCCUUCACGAGAACUACGUUCGUCACCCAACCCUAAUUCAUACUUAUUGAAAACACCUAAUUUUAUUAUGGGUGACUAUGUGCACAAUAUCUUCAGUCCUUCACCUAAAGUCAAUUUUUCAUCAAGUACUCUACCAUCUAGUUCCGAUAAGUAUCUUGGUUCGUCUAAUUCAAACUUAACUACUUCAUCUAGAACGGUGAAUGAGUUCACACUAUCCAAUACUUCUAAUUCGAGAGAUAAUUCUGAUAAAUAA